UUAGGCUACCAGAAUUCUCAUCACCACAGCUCAAAAGGGUUCUCCUGAGUCCUGACCGAACUACCGUUCAGCCUUACAGACACCCCACCCCAAGUACCUUAGCGAAGGAUAGGAUACGAGAGCCAUGUUUCUCAAGCCUUCCCACAUGGUCGCUCCGCUGGUCCUGCUCCUCAUGGCCGCCGGUCACUGCUGCCUCGAGGCCACCGGCGGCUAUGAUGGUUGGCAGUUCGUCCUCAACGGCUUCGCCGGCGCGAACCUGACGCUCGGUGGCACGAGCAUGGUCCUGCCGAACGGCCUCCUCAUGCUGACCAACGGUGCCACCAGGAAGAUGAAAGGCCAUGCCUUCCACCCGUCCCCGCUGCCGUUCGGCUCCGGGUCCAACGGCGCCGGCCCCCUGCGGUCCUUCUCGACCACCUUCGUCUUGGCCAUCUUCGGCCACGGCCGGCACGCCGACCUUAGCGUCCGCGGCCUGUCCUUUCUCAUCUCUGCGUCCUGGGAGGUGCUCUCCACUGCGUUGUCCGGUCAGCCCUUGGGCCUCAGCAACGGCAACCAGAACGCCAGCAUCUUUGCCAUGGAGUUCGACACGCUCUAUAAUGCCCAGUUCAGUGACACGAAGAACAAGUACGUCGGCGUCGACGGUGAUAGCCUGGUGUCCCUCAAUUCCGCCAACAUCGGGAACUACGAUGACGGCACCGGGCGGUUGCUAAACCUAUCUGUGAUAAGCUGGAAAGCCAUCCAAGUGUGGGUGGACUACGACAGCAAGGCAACGGUGAUCACUAUGACCAUGGCUCCCCUGGGCGUGGUCAGGCCCAAGCAGCCUAUGCUGCAGACCACCAUCGACCUCUCUGGUGUGGUGCAGAGCACGGCGUACGUCGGAUUCUCGUCGGCGAUGUGCAAUAUCACCUCCGGACACUUCAUCCUCGGCUGGAGCUUCGCGCUGCACGGCCCGGCCCCGAUACUGGACAUCUCGGUGAUGCCGGCCUUGCCAUCGGCAUGGACCAACAACAACCAAUCCAUCCCGCCACCGUCCAUGUCCAUGUCACUGAAGCUCAUGCUGGCCUUAGCAUCGGUGACACUGGUUUCGGUUGGCAUCGGAAUCUACGUCUCUGCAAGACGGCGUAUCAAUUUCUCCAAGGUGCAAGAGGACUGGGAGGUUUCGUUAGGCCCCAACCGAUUCUCUUACAAAGACUUGUUUCAUGCGACAGAGGGGUUCAGUGAGAAGAACCUACUUGGGAGGGGAGGUUUCGGAAGUGUCUAUAAGGGCGUGCUUGGCAAGCCUGACAUGGAGGUCGCAGUUAAGAGAAUGUCACAUAAUUCAAGGCAAGGGGUUAAGGAGUUCAUCGCCGAGGUGGUGAGCAUUGGUCGUCUUCGACAUCGAAAUAUCACACGAUUGUUGGGCUACUGCAGGCGUAAGGGUGAACUUCUCCUGGUUUAUGACUACAUGGAAAAUGGUAGUCUUGACAAGUACCUACACACAAGAAAUGGCCCAACUCUAUGUUGGUCCCAGAGGUAUUCAAUCAUCAAAGGUGUGGCUUCAAGCUUAUUGUAUCUACAUGAGGAAUGGGAGCAGGUCAUCAUCCACCGAGAUAUAAAGGCAAGUAAUGUACUCUUGGACAACAAGAUGAAUGGACGGUUGGGUGAUUUUGGUCUUGCAAGGAUAUAUGACCACGAAACUGCCGCUGAAACCACCCAUGUGGCUGGCACCAUGGGAUAUCUUGCGCCAGAACUCUCGCGCACCGGGAGGCCAACACCAUUCUCUGAUGUAUAUGCAUUUGGCGUGUUUCUCCUAGAGGUCACAUGUGGACGAAGGCCGAUCUUCAUUGAUGAGCAAAACAACCGGGUAUUGUUGGUUGAGAGGGUGCUUCAGCACCACCUCAACAACUCAAUGCUCGACACGGUGGAUCCACGACUCGGAGUGGAAUUCAACAUGGAGGAAGUCACCAUGGUGCUCAAAUUGGGUUUGCUAUGCACUUACCCGUUGCCCAACGCGCGGCCUAUCAUGCGGAAGGUCAUGCAAUACCUCGACCAUGAUCAAUCGCCUCCCGAUUUAUCACCGGCCUACAUAAGCUACCUCAUGAUGGUACAAAUGCAAAAUGAAGGGUUUGAUUCAGACAACAUGCCACGUUCUCGACCCACAGCGAGUGUUGCCACAUUAUCAGGAGAGUCUUCGGCGACAAUUUUGCGAGAGGGAAGAUGAAGCAUGUACCGCUGUCUUCGAUCAACGUCUCGGGGGUGGAUCCGCUUUGUACAUGGCAAGAUCCCUGUCAAUCUCCUCCGCAUACAGCUGAGGAAAGUGGAAUGUUUUUUUUUUUUGUGAUUAUUUGUAAAGAGAUAAAACCAUUGAAAGGGGCGGUGGGAGGUGACACGAGAAAAAACCAGAUGA